CCUGGUCCUCUUUGGGCGUCAGUUUCCAUGCCUGUAAUGAAGGGGUUAGAUUGGACUAGUAACCAGUAUAAUGUUGAUGGUAAUAAGAGCUGGGGUGGGGAUCCCCGGCUUUGUUUCUAGGGGCUGGAAGAGCUGUAUCCUACGCCCGAUGCCAGUCCUCCAGUAGUUGUCAGUUGGGACAGGUGGACAGGACAGAGUAAAUAGCAGUGCCUGGCAGCCCACUGAAAAAUCAGAGGUAGGGAGGGGCUGUGCAGUCCACAGGAAGAAGGCCACACGUAUGCCUGGGAUCUAAGCAAGCCACUCAGAAGACGUGGGAGAAGCAGUUUUCACCAUCUCCUCCCCCGCCUCCCCCACAGAGGAGGAAGUUGUCACAGAUAUAUAGAUCCAGGCGCGCCAGCUCCUGACACACGCAUCACGACCAUGAGACAGAACUGGAUUCCAGACCCCAGCCCUCUUUGGGCCCUGCUCCUCUGUGCGCACAUCGUCUCCCACCUGGCCAGAGCCACACCUGUGCCUCAGGCCACUACAGCUGCCACUGCCUCAGCUGGGAUUGCAAAGGACACCUGCCCCUCCCGGCCCCCAGCACUCCCGACAGCUAAGCAGUGCCCAGCAUUGGAGGUGACCUGGCCGGAAGUGGAAGUCUCACUGAAUGGAACGCUGACCUUGUCCUGUACCGCCUGCAGCCGCUUCCCCCACUUCAGCAUCCUUUACUGGCUGGGCAACAGCUCCUUCAUUGAGCACCUCCCGGGCCGGCUGCGGGAGGGCAGCACCAGGCGGGAGCACAGGGGCACGAGGACCCAGCUGUGGAGGGCCUUGGUGCUGGAGGAGCUCAGCCCAGCCCUGCGAGACACCAACUUCUCCUGUGUUUUCUCGGAUCCUGGGCAGACUGCCCAGCGUCACCUCGUCCUGGCCCAGCUCUGGGCUGGGCUGAGAAAAGCGUGCCCCCCGACACAAGAAGCCCCAUCCUCCAGCAAGUCCCCUCAGCCUCACCAUCCUGAUAAUGAACCCCAAGCUCCAAAGCCUGGUUGAAAUGCCACCUCUUCAUUGAGGUAUACACGCUCUCAGCCCAGGCCACAUUCUGCAUCGACUUGUAUUUGUUUCCUUUAAUGGACUGUCCCAGGGAAGGUAUGCGGGGAGAGGCUGCUUCUGACCCAUAGCUGUAUCUCUGUCACCCCAGCAAGACCUACGACGGGUGCUCAUAAAUGAUCUUCAGUGGUGGCGUU